AUGCCUGCCAUACGCGGACAAGACUCCAAGAAGAAGACACGUAGACAUACGCGCGACCUCGACCAGAUCCACGCCGACUUGCGCGACGAGAAGCAUCUUGCCGAAUUCAAGGAUGCGAAGCCCAUAGAAGAUUUGCCUGGCCUGGGGCAAUGGUACUGCAAGGAGUGCGCAAAGUUUUUUGAGAGCGACGGCAACUUUGCUGCGCAUCAAAAGGGCAAGGUCCACAAGCGGAGGGUCAAGCAACUUCGCGAAGAACCAUACUCCCAGAAAGAAGCAGAGGCAGCGAUUGGCCUUACCACCAACAACGGAACGCGCACCACGGCUGCGACAGCCCCGAUGGAAGUCGACCAGGUUGCAGCAUCAGGUUGA